AUGGCAAGGAACAUCACUGUGGAACUUCUCAGUGGCAAGGUUCACACCCUGGCAGUACAGCCAGAAAUGACCAUCAAAGAGUUGAAGGAGGAAGUGAAGGUUUUUCAUCCAUCAGAGGAUGCGCUCACCCGGAGACUCAGCACCGUGGAACUUGUCCUUGACGGAGAGAAGCUGAAUGGUCUCAAGAUGACCGUCUCAGAGUCUAUCCUCGACUCUGCCAAAGUACAGGUUGUCUUCUCCAGCUUGACGCUUGAGUGUGUCAGCGCAUCUGGCUACAAGAUUAAGAAAGUGCGUGACGUACGCAUCCCCGACACUGAAACAUUCAUCCCAGCCAAUGCCUUUCUGGCGUGCAGUUACUUGUUGCGACUUGUCAUCCCGGAGUCUGUGACUCAAAUUGGAGCAAAGGCCUUUUGUCACUGCAGCUCUUUGAAGAGUUUGAUUCUCCCAGAGUCUGUGACUCGAAUUGGAGAUAGCACCUUUUGUAACUGCAGCUCUUUGACGAGUUUGAUUCCCCCAGCGUCUCUGACUGAAAUUGGAGCUAAUGCCUUUAGUGGCUGCAACUCUUUGACGAGUUUGAUUAUCCCAGCAUCUGUGAGUCAAGUUGGAGCAAAUGCCUUUCGUGGCUGCAGCUCUUUGACGAGUUUGAUUCUCCCAGAGUCUGUGACUCAAAUUGGAGCAAAUGCUUUGAGUGGCUGCAGCUCUUUGACGAGUUUGACUAUCCCAGAGUCUGUGACUCAAAUUGGAGAAUAUGCCUUUUGUGGCUGCAAGUCUUUGACCAGUUUGAUUAUACCAGAGUCUGUGACUCGAAUUGGAGGUAGCACCUUUAGUGGCUGCAGCUCCUUGACGAGAUUGAUGAUCCCAUCAUCUGUGAUUCAAAUUGGAGCAGAUGCCUUUCUUGGCUGCAGCUCUUUGGCGAGUUUGAUUAUCCCAGAGUCUGUGACUCGACUUGGAGAUAGCACCUUCUGUGGCUGCAGCUCUUUGAUGAGUUUGAUUCUCCCAGAGUCUGUGAUUCAAAUUGGAGAUAACACCUUUUGUGGCUGCAGGUCCUUGACGAGUUUGAUUCUCCCAGCGUCUCUGACGGAAACUGGAGCAGAUGCCUUUCGUGGCUGCAGCUCUUUGACGAGUUUGAUUCUCCCAGAGUCUGUGACUCAAAUUGGAGCAAAUGCUUUGAGUGGCUGCAGCUCUUUGACGAGUUUGAUUAUCCCAGAGUCUGUGACUCGAAUCGGAGAUAGCACCUUUUGUGGCUGCAGCUCUUUGACGAGUUUGAUUCUCCCAGCGUCUCUGACUGAAAUUGGAGUCUAUGCCUUUCGUGCCUGUAGUUCUUUGACAAGUUUGAUUGUCCCAAAGUCUGUGACUCAAAUUCGAGGUAGUGCUUUUGCUUAUUGCAGCUCUUUGAGGAGUUUGAUUCUCCCAGAGUCUCUGACUCAAAUAGGAGUUUAUGCCUUUCGUGACUGCAGCUCUUUGACAAGUUUGGUUAUCCCAGAAUCUGUGACUCAAAUUGGAGAAUAUGCCUUUUGUGGCUGCAAGUCUUUGACCAGUUUGAUUAUUCCAGAGUCUGUGACUGAAAUUGGAGAUAGCACCUUUUGUGGCUGCAACUCUUUGACAAGUUUGAUUCUCCCAGCGUUUCUGACUGAAAUUGGAGUUUAUGCCUUUCGUGCCUGCAGCGCUUUGACGAGUUUGAUUAUCCCAGCAUCUGUGACUCAAAUUGGAGCUAAUGCCUUUGGUGGCUGCAGCUCCUUGACGAGUUUGAUUCUCCCAGAGUCUGUGACUCAAAUUGGAGAUAGUGCUUUUUCUUAUUGCAGCUCUUUGACGAGUUUGAUUAUCCCAGCGUCUCUGAUUGAAAUUGAAGAUAGCACCUUUUGUGGCUGCAGCUCUUUGACGAGUUUGAUGAUCCCAGCAUCUGUGACUGAAAUUGGAGAAGAUGCCUUUCGUGGCUGCAGCUCUUUGACGAGUUUGAUUAUCCCAGAGUCUGUGACUAAAAUUGGAGAUGGCGCCUUUCGUGGCUGCAGCCCUUUGACGAGUUUGAUUCUCCCAGAGUCUGUGACUCGAAUCGGAGAUAGCACCUUUUGUGACUGCAGCUCUUUGACGAGUUUGAUUAUCCCAGCAUCUGUGACUCAAAUUGGAGCAGAUGCCUUUCGUGGCUGCAGCUCUUUGACGAGUUUGAUUCUUCCAGACAAAAAGUCCAUCUGCAACAAGUUCCAGCAGACCUCCAGUGUAACCUGCCUCACCUGGCCCGGCGGGCACCCCAAUGAGGUGGUUUUUGGCCUUGCUGAAGGCAAGGUCAAGGUUGGACAGUUGAAGUCCAACAAGGCAGCAACAUUGUACUCAACGGACUCUUUUGUUGUGUCCAUGUGCAGUGGCCCUGACGGAAAUAGCAUCCUCAGUGGCCACAUCGAUGGUUCGAUUUAUCGCUUCCACUUCGAGACCGAGACGGUUCCCCGACCGACCACGACCAAAUUCGCCAUGGUGCCGCAGUGCGUGCCCUACGCGCUCUCCUGGGGCUACGCGGGCAUCUGCGCGGCGGGCAACGAUCGCAUGGUGCGAUUCUGGGACUCUGAGGGCCGAGAGGGACAAAGCUUCGAUUACAGCACCGACUCCAAGAUCAAGGAGUUCACCUGUGCCGCCUUCAACCCCUCCGGUGAAUCGGUGGUGCUGGGGAACUACAAUCGCAUCCUGGUCUUCGCAUGGCAUCCAAAGAGGAGCGAAUGGGCAGAGGUUGUGCAGCGCGAGGUGCCCAACCUCUACUCCGUGACAGCCCUGACCUGGCGCGCCGACGGCUCGCGGCUCAUCGUGGGCUCGUUGUGCGGCGGCGUGGACAUGUUCGACGUCUGCAUCCGGCGCUCGCGCUAUCGCGGCACGCAUGAAUUCACCUACGUCUCGCUGAGUCAGGUCAUUGUGAAGAGCAUCGCUACGGGCCAUCGCAUCGUGCUGAAGAGCAACGUUGGGUUCGAGAUCCAAAAGAUCAACAUUUUCCAGGAUCGAUUCUUGGUGGCCAACACGCCUGAGAGUAUUCUGCUGGGUGAUCUUCAAACCUGUCGGGGCCUGAACAUGUGUGAAAGCUUUCGAUUGAUCCGGACUUUUGGGUUCAAGAGCAACCAACAUCCAAUUUCUCUGGUGCCAUUGUGCCAUUGUGCCAAGCCAGAUUGCCUUGCGAGCACGAUGAUGUUCCUGGCUGUGAUCCUCCUUGGUGCCAGUGCCGCGGUGCAAGUGCCAUCCGGCAUCUCGGUUGCACAUCGAGAGAAGAGGGUUCUUCAUCCUGAGCAACAAGAAAGCUUCAGCUUGGAUGAUGUCAUCCAUGGAAACAAAAAGAUGCCUGGCAUGGGAGCAUGGAGCAGCAUCUUUCAGAAGCUGGGGUCCAACAAGCACAUCGACGCAGAGGCUUUGCAGAACAUGCUGCAAUCUGUUGGGGAAGAUCUUGAAGGAGCUUACGUGGACCCUGGUUUGAAGCAAGACUUGGAGAACCAGACGAUUCAGAAGCAGAUUCAGAACAUCACCGCAGACAAGGUGCUCUUGACCAAGGUUGUGCAAGAGAAUGCCAUGGUGCAGCAGAUGAUGGCAGUGAAUCCAAAGCUUGCAGACUUGGUGAAAAGCCCAGAAGCUUUGCAACGGAUUUUGAGCCCAGAGAUUCUCCAGAAAGUGCAGCAUGGUGGUCUUGAUGAAGACACCCUCGAGAGCCUCAUGGAAACGCCCACUUCCUCAAAAUCGCUUAGUUCAGGGAAGGAGACGCAGGAGAGCAACUUGGGGAACCAGACAAAUUUGCUUCCCAAGAUGUUGUCAUCAAAUGUCCCUGCUAUGCUUCUUGAAAGUGGCUUAAUGCUGAAGCAAGUGAAGGCUGGGGAUGGCAGGACCUUUCCCAAAGAUGGCGACAAGCUCUUUGUGGAGUAUGCAGGCUACCUGCCAAAUGGUCAGCUUUUCGAUUCGACGAAGAAUGGCGACCUCUUUAGCUUUCAACUUGGUGCCUCUCAAGUGAUCCGUGGCUGGGAAGUGGGCUUGAGCCAUAUGAGCCUUGGAGAGCGAGCUGUCAUGCGAGUGCCGGCUGCUUUGGCUUAUGGCGAGGCAGGCACGGGUCCCAUUCCUCCGAAUUCGGACCUUUUCUUUGAGGUCGAACUGCAUGGCAUCAACAGCAUCAACAAUUGCCUUGCGAGCACGAUGAUGUUCCUGGCGGCUGUGAUCCUCCUUUGUGCCAGUGCCGCUGUGGUGCAAGUGCCAUCCGGCAUCUCGGUUGCACAUCGAGAGAAGAGGGUUCUUGAUCCUGAGCAACAAGAAAGCUUCAGCUUGGAUGAUGUCAUCCAUGGAAACAAAAAGAUGCCUGGCAUGGGAGCAUGGAGCAGCAUCUUUCAGAAGCUGGGGUCCAACAAGCACAUCGACGCAGAGGCUUUGCAGAACAUGCUGCAAUCUGUUGGGGAAGAUCUUGAAGGAGCUUACGUGGACCCUGGUUUGAAGCAAGACUUGGAGAACCAGACGAUUCAGAAGCAGAUUCAGAACAUCACCGCAGACAAGGCGCUCUUGACCAAGGUUGUGCAAGAGAAUGCCAUGGUGCAGCAGAUGAUGGCAGUGAAUCCAAAGCUUGCAGAGUUGGUGAAAAGCCCAGAAGCUUUGCAACGGAUUUUGAGCCCAGAGAUUCUCCAGAAAGUGCAGCAUGGUGGUCUUGAUGAAGACACCCUCGAGAGCCUCAUGGAAACGCCCACUUCCUCAAAAUCGCUUAGUUCAGGGAAGGAGACGCAGGAGAGCAACUUGGGGAACCAGACAAAUUUGCUUCCCAAGAUGUUGUCAUCAAAUGUCCCUGCUAUGCUUCUUGAAAGUGGCUUAAUGCUGAAGCAAGUGAAGGCUGGGGAUGGCAGGACCUUUCCCAAAGAUGGCGAUAAGCUCUUUGUGGAGUAUGCAGGCUACCUGCCAAAUGGUCAGCUUUUCGAUUCGACGAAGAAUGGCGACCUCUUUAGCUUUCAACUUGGUGCCUCUCAAGUGAUCCGUGGCUGGGAAGUGGGCUUGAGCCAUAUGAGCCUUGGAGAGCGAGCUGUCAUGCGAGUGCCGGCUGCUUUGGCUUAUGGCGAGGCAGGCACAGGUCCCAUUCCUCCGAAUUCGGACCUUUUCUUUGAGGUCGAACUGCAUGGCAUCAACAGCAUCAACAGCAUCAAUGCAUUGACAUCGAAUUGA